AGUGAUUUUGUGUGCUGUGAUCAGGUCCAGGCGGUAGGAGUUGCAGAAGUAGCGGAUUUAAAAACUUUCUGUCUGCAAGUCUGUUGGUCGAUAUAACACUUCAUGUAGCGUAGCUGAGUUCCAAAAAGGAAAUGUGGCUUUUUAAUCUGUGAUCGUCUCCCUCUUCGUGGUCAACCUUCGUGUGCUUUGCUUCUGCAACGCACUUCUUAAAUUCAGAAACUAUGGGGUCUUCAAGUGUUUCAACAAACAGUUCAUCUUCCCAGCGCACGGCUUGUGCUUUUGAACAAUUCAACCGAAGUAGAAGACACAAUGGCGGCAUCGAUCCUUCGCAGGAAAAUUCCUCCCAUUUCCACAGACGAGCUCGGCAAUCUCCUUCUCCGACAGGCUAGCCACAGCCAAUCACGGCCCAGUUUGGGGGUGGAGUCAGUGGAGAGGCAGCACUUAAUUGGUGAUGGUCACUCAGAUUGGAUGACGGAAAAAGUUGAUUUGUCUUCAUUUGUGUCGACAACUGAGUCUUCUCCAAGCUCAUCUCUUCCACCCUCGCCGUUAGAUCAUGAUGUCAAGGUGCCCUCAGAUCUGGAGGUCAUGACCUCUUUACUGCAGGAGGAGCUUGCACAGCUGGAGGACUACUUCCGAUCCGAGUCCACAUCAACAACAAACAAGUUGGAAAAAUCAUCAAAAUGUGAUAAGGGUAGCCAAGCCAUGGGCACCCAGUCUUAUUAUCAGUUACCCUAUUCCUCCUAUGGGGCCAGCCAAUCAGAAACCAGCCCUGUGGUUGUUACCUUGGCAACAGGGGAACUGGACCUAGCAAGCUUCUGUGGAGGUCCCAUCAGCCGAACCAAAAUUGCACGUCCGGCACCGUACAACUACCAUCACCGCUACCACCACAACAAUGGGCGAAGAAUAAUCAGUGAAGCUGUGAAAGUCGGAGACGAAGUUGGACUUGAUACGUGGGGCUCAAGGGGCAGUUACUCAGGAAGCGCAGAGUUUUCUGUGAACCACUACUCCACACUGAAGACAGUGGGCAAGAACAGCCUUGGAAGUGUCAAGAAGGUGAGAGAAUGUGCUUUAUCAUUGAAGGAAGAAGAGAGUUACUGUUUUUCAGAAGGAAUGUUUUGCAGUGAAGAGAUUGCUCGAGGUUUUUGUCUCGGUGGUUCGUACGACAGCCACCACAAGCGUGAUGGACAGCUGAUGCACAAUGUGAAGGUCAAUGUAAGUUAUGAAAGCACGGGGCUUGAGGUCUUGCACUGCAGCAAAGAUGUAGGACUUCAUGGAAGUAUUCCUCAAGAGACAAUGAUGGCUGGUGAUGGCUACUACCAUCAGUCCAAUGCCAGCACUGAGCCUUACCACAGCUUUAUAGGUGACCUAGACCCUCCUUCACAAGCACAAGCUGGAGAGCCCCAACAUGGCCACUACCUCUAUCCAGAAUGCCUUGCAGACCAAAGCUAUGAAUGUCUGUCCAGAGGGGAGAGUGAGGGACCACUGCUGGGUGCCACCAUUCACCGCCCCACCCAGAGGCUAAAGGAUGAGCCCUGCACGGUCAAACCGUCUCUAGUGGUGGGGGCAGUUUCUCUGGACAGCAGCAGUGGAGAGAGAAAGCAGAAGAAGAGAGACCAGAACAAAACUGCUGCUCACAGGUACAGACUGCGUAAGAGGGCGGAGCUCGACUCUCUGGAGGAGGAGCUUCACGGCCUCGAGGGGCAAAAUCGGGAGCUUCGUGACAAGGCAGAAUCGGUGGAGCGAGAAAUCCAGUAUGUCAAAGAUUUACUGAUCGAGGUCUAUAAGGCUCGCAGUCAGCGACUGAAACAGGAUGGCAGUGCCUAAAACGCCCACGCUGACCUCACUAUCCUCCCAACCAGCACCAACACAAACCAAGAGCAACAACUGGCUUCUGUUUCAUAAAAAUGAAAAAUGGUAAUUGCAUGAUUUUGAUAGGUUCUUCAAAAAAACCCCCCCCCCCAAAAAAAAACAAAUUCUUUGAGGAUAACUGAACAGGAACAUCCUUUUCCUAAGUAAAUAAAAAUGAAGAGACAUUUCCAAAUGUUACAGGCCUUAGUGAGGCAGCUUCUGGAGGAAAUGCUGAACUUGUCCGUGACCACUGUGAUCGAACUGCACUCGCAGCCUCCUGAUGACUGAGUUUACGCUUGAAGCGAUUGACCGUUUACAAAAUGCUCUUUGACUCAGUAAUAGUGAUUUGCUUGUGGUUUUUGUGACACAUUUGCAGCAUCGAGGCAGAUCUGUACUGAAGUAUAUUUUCUAUUUUAUAUUUAAAAAAAGUUAAUUUAUGUAUUCUUUGCUUAAGCCAAUCAACUUUAAUAAAGGGAUUGCUGGAGAAGUGUGUAACCUGCUCUACAGAUAUUCAUUAUCAAAUGUUGCAGAACAUUAGACAUUUGUAUUGCUAAAAUGUUGAGUAUUUACAUCUCUUUAGCCCAUGAAAUAUUCAAUGCAUGUUUGAUUUCGGAAAAGCAUGUAUGAGUGUUAUUUGAGGGCACUAUCCUGUUAACUGCAUGGCUUCAAAGUCUCCACCGUGUCAGUUUACUGAGUUGACUUUUUAUUAUCAUCAACUUUUAUUGAGAUUCUUUUUUUAUUUCCUGCCAGCGUGAUACAUUCUCAGGUUUUGGUCUUUGCUCUGAGAAACAGUAAAAUUCACUGGCUUUUUCUUUGCCUUCUCGCUUGGCUGUAUUUGCGAACAAACAAUCACCUGUUAACGCAACAAUAAAUAAUUGUUGGGUAAUG